ACAUUAAAUUAGAGAUGGUGCAUGAAGGUCAUAUUCUUACAGUAAACUGUGGAGUAAAGGCGUUUAAGGGGAGCGGGGGGCGGAGGUGUUUGGUUGCGAAGCUUCAUCUAUAUUCUGACUUUAUUCUGCCUUUAUUCUGCCUAUGUGCUUGUGUUGAAUCGACCGUGUAGGGGCCGUUUUGGUAAUAUUUUUGGGUACGAUUUUCUAAAGAGUUUUUACUUUGAACUUUUUAGCGAUUUGUUUCUGAUCUGACCUGUGCCACUGUUCUGUGUAAUAAGUUCAGGCCUAGAUUACUGUUCCUUUGUGAAUGAGUGUGCUGGUGAUAUGCGUGUUUGCGCAAAACUACACUUAUCGGUGUCUCUGAUUAGCCGCGUAUUCAGAUUUGUAGCUACACUUUCUCAACCAAUAAUGUGUUAAUAACAAAGAGGUAGGUGCCUCUGUUAUGAAGGACAGACCUAGCAUAGCUCAGAGAUGACUUGCAGCUGCGUGUUAAAGGGGUACCGUUAGAAACCAGCCAUCUCUACCCUAUUACUGAUCAGGUUCUGAUUAUGCUGAUUAUUUGUCCGAUUUCUUUGCAUGAUCGAUCAUUCUCAGUACAGGGACACUGACAUUUGUACUGGUGUGGUACUGGCUGCUGCACUGGUAUGAACCCAGCAACCCAUGAACCCAUCAGGCACAGCAGUGGAGGAGUGGUGUGCUAAUAACACAAGCAAAGGUUUCUGGACAGUACUGGUCCUUUGGCUAGAGGCUAUUGAUGAGGUGGUGGAGGAUCCUACUAACUUCAUAUACUAAAUCACAUUUUCAUUUAAGUGUAUACAUUGGGAAAUAGAUGAUAUUUUAAUACUAUUUUGACUUUCAUUUUUUCAUCCAAGCUGUUUCUGUUUCAACCCUUUAGCACAUGGAAAAGCAUCAUAUUGACAAUGAAAUUAUGUUUAAAUGGGGUAGAUAAUACAUUUCAUACAUUUAAUACAUGCAUUUUUGGUUGUGAUGUUUAAAGUCAAAUAUCAGACAAUAUUUGCAAUUUAUGCAUAGUUUUGGUUAAAAAUACAGGACUGAAAGAAAAAUAAAAUAGUAAAAUCUUAGACUGACAGAAAUAUCUAUAUAAGCAAAAGCAAAAAUGUGACCCGUGCAGGCAAAGUGACAGACGAGGCACUCUUUCCAAAAUGUCACUGACUGCAUCAUUAUGCAUUAGACUUGCAGAACGGAGAGACCUAUUUUGGAAAUGUAAGUUUUAGAGAUAAAAUACAGUAGGUGAAGCACGUACAUGCUCAUGGUUUCUCCUUGCUAGAGUUCACAAGCCCAUUGAACUGUUAAAGGGCUCCCAUGUGUAGGCCACAUGUGACCGAAUUUGUUCAUUAAGUGGAAGAGCUACAUAUCUUAAAAGUUAUUUGCUAAACCUGCAAAAAGCCUACCAACACACACGGACAAAAAGAGAUGAGAUUACCAGCCCUGCCUGUGUUUGUUCACACUGAAUAGAACAAUUAAAUAAAGGUCUUUUAUAUAUUGUACACUGCCCAAAGAAAAACACUGCGCUUAGUUUAUAUGGUAGGCUAAGAUCAUGCACAGAUUACGUUAUAGUUGAUAUGAGACACAUAAUGUACCGUAGGCCAGAAGUACAUUAUAAGUGAUCAGAUCUGAUGGCAAAAUGGAUUGCUGUACUGGUACGCCAUGUUCAUGAAUUUCAUGAAGAAAUUCGAUGACAAGGAAUGGACUCCACUAUGAUCCAAGAAAAUGAGUCUCAGAAGGACAAGGGAUCAUGGUUGACUGCUGAGUCACUGGUGUAUAGGACCACGGGAGACGUGCCUGCCAUGACGUACAGGCUAUUUGAGGAGAAACAUCAUGCUACCCUUUAUCAGAAAUAUCGCCUAACUCCUCCCAACGAGGUGAAGGAACUUGUCCUGCAGUACCUGGACAAAAAGAAAGGACCUCCCCAUGAGCUGGCUGUGGACCUUGGGUGUGGGACGGGCCAGAACACUCGUCUGUUUGCCCCGCACUUUCAGAAGCUGGUGGGCAUUGACGUCAGUGAGCAGCAGGUGCAGGAAGCCAGGGCAAUACCAGGGUUGGACAACAUCACCUACAGAGCCGGCACAGCGGAGGAGCUGCCAUUCCCCGACGGCUCCGUGGACCUGCUGACAGCGGCGUCGGCAGCUCACUGGUUCAAUGCGGAGCGUUUUCUCAAGGAAGCUGACCGUGUGCUGAAGCCCAGUGGUUGCAUGGCCCUGCUGGGUUACACUGAACACUUCAGCCUGCAUCAUGGCUCCUGUGGUGAUAGGCUUAAGAACAUCUAUGCAGAGGUGAUGAAGGCCCUCAUGCCCUACAGGAACACUCGGGUAGCAGUAGCCAACAGUAAACUGGAGGACUUAUUUAAAGCAAUACCCUUCCCUGACAAAGAGAGGAUUGAAUGCAUUCCAGUGAAGAUGCAGAUGAGCAUUAACGCUGCACUGGGCCUUGUGGAGACAUUCUCCAUGUACCAGACGUACCUAAGGACAGAGCCACAAGCAGCCACUGCCCUACUAGAGUCAGCAAAGAUGCGGCUUCUGGAGGAAAUGGGUGUGUCAUCCCCUGAUACUGAGAUGGAGGUCAGCACAGACUACUACUGUGUACUAGCUUGUAAACCACACUAACUCUAACCAAAGAUUUUUAAAACAUAGGAUAUUUGUAUUAUUACUGCAGUUGUUGUUUAUGGUUUUACAGUUAUCACAUACAGAUAAUCUGUCAUUUAUCCUAUUUUUCAUCACAAUGUUUUCAUCUUUAAAGUAUGAAAUCAUAGAAAUGUAAAUUGCACAAUGUACAAUUUUGGAAAAAUAAAAAGGCUGCAUAAUUAACAGCUUCACAUUUUAA